CGGCGGGGGGAUGGUCAGUGUUCUCCCGCGAGGCCCCGGGGUGGUCGGGGGAGGGGAACGGUCGGUUCCACACCCAGAGGACCCGGAGGCUGAGGAGAUGGCCGACCAGCUGACUGAGGAGCAGAUUGCAGAGUUCAAGGAGGCCUUUUCCCUGUUUGACAAGGAUGGAGAUGGGACCAUCACCACCAAGGAAUUGGGCACAGUGAUGCGGUCCCUGGGUCAGAACCCAACUGAGGCUGAGCUCCAAGACAUGAUCAACGAAGUGGAUGCAGAUGGCAAUGGGACCAUUGACUUCCCUGAAUUCCUGACUAUGAUGGCGAGGAAGAUGAAGGACACGGACAGCGAGGAGGAAAUCCGAGAGGCAUUCCGCGUCUUUGACAAGGACGGCAACGGCUACAUCAGCGCCGCGGAGCUCCGCCACGUGAUGACCAACCUUGGCGAGAAACUGACUGACGAGGAGGUGGACGAGAUGAUCCGAGAGGCGGACAUAGACGGGGAUGGCCAGGUCAACUAUGAAGAGUUUGUACAGAUGAUGACCGCAAAAUGAAGGCCGCGGGCAGCUGGCGAUGCCCGUUCUCCUUGGAUCUCUGUUCUCGCGCGCGCUCUCUCCGACACUCUUACUCGCAUAACCUGGUUCUAAGCCAACCCUGACUGACGACUGAGAAUCCGACAUAAAGCAACUCGAGAUUUGUCCCACGCUGCAUGACUGCUCUCUGACCCCCUCCGUUCUUCCCUCUCUGCCCCUGAGCUGACCCUCAGACGGACCCCCCCCCAACCCCAGACCACCCCGGGGGUCCCCGCCUUUGUGGCUCUCGGUAGGGCCCCCCCCUCUCCCUUUGAUCUCUGACCCUGUUUUCGGUGGCCAGGAGCUGCAGAAGAGCGAGCGGGGAGAGUGUCCCUAGCGGGCCCGGAGAGCCAGCCCUUUAAUGUUUGCAUGCCUACCUUGGGGGGCCGCGCUGAGAGAUCUGGAGGAAUCAGGCCCGGAGGUGUUGGGGGGGCCGCCCUCGUGGCCUUUGGGAUUGGAGGAGGGGAUCGUGGCACUGGCUGGGGCGAGGAGGAACGUGAGGGCGGGAUGAAACCCAUUGGCUUUUACCCCCAAAUAUCAGCAAUUGGCUCCACCACAUUGUGGCCCAUGGGAGAGGCGGGGAGAGAAGCCCCUGCCCCCUUGGCACCUGUCCACCUUGUAAAUGUCCCCUCCCCACAAGCAAGCUCUUGAGCUGUUCUGUAAAUAUCUGGUGCUAACCCCCGCCGCCCCCCGCCCGGCCGGCUUCCUCCGCUCCAGCCCCGCAGUUUUGAGUGAAAGUGUCAGUGGUCGCUUGGCGAUGUGCUCAAGUCUUGGGAUCGUCGUUCUUUUUCAGGCAAAAUCCAUAUAUAGCUUGGGGGGGAGGGGGGUGACCCAGCUACCGUUGUGGAUCCUAGCUGCAAUAAGAGCAAUGUAGGGGACCCCGUCCCCGCGCCCCCCUCGCGUCUCCGUCGUGGCUGCUCGGCUCUCCUGUCUGUGCUGUGUCUCUGCUCGGCACCCUCCGCCCGAUAGCAUGAUCAGCGAGCCCCCCUCUGCCAACAGCCGCUUCUCCAGCCUGACCCUUGGGACGAGGAUGGGCAGACUGGGCUCUUCUCCCCCUUAGGCUCCUUUCUCUUCCCCUCUCUCCCCUCCCAACCCCCAAUGCCCCGGUGGAUCGGAUGGGCCCUUCUGGGGCCUGGCACACAAGGUUUCUCCCUCCUGCCCACCCAGGGAAGGGCCCUGGCGGGCUGGCAAGGCGCAGUGAGGCUGGGGCUGCUGGGGGAGUGGGGGGUUAGUUUUGUUCUAUUUUUUAAACCGGGCAAUAUUGUGUUCAGUUCAAGCUGUGAAGAAAAAUAAUAUAGAUCAAUGUUUUCCAAUAAAAUACAGUGACUACCUGG